AUGACCACCGAGAAGAAGGACAAGAUGGAGGCGCAAAUCAAGUCCGUCGACAUGACGGAAGAUAUGCAGCAGGAGGCCAUCGCGCUUGCAAUCGAGGCCAUGGAGAAGUAUCACAUUGAGAAGGACAUUGCACAGUAUAUCAAGAAAGAAUUCGAUUCUCGGAAGGGUGCCACCUGGCACUGCGUUGUUGGACGGAACUUUGGAAGCUUUGUCACUCAUGAGACCAAGCACUUCAUCUACUUUUACCUCGGCCACUGUGCCAUUCUCCUGUUCAAGACCCAGUAA